AUGGAGACAAUUGCAGUGAAGACUGUAUCAGACUCACACAAAGUACUUAUGGACGGCCUUGAGUCUGGGAAGAGUGUAUAUUUAGAUACUCGUUUUGAAUGGGACAUUGGUACUGUUAUAACUGACUACAUUGUGAAAAUAUCAAGCGAAUUUCCAAAGUACAACGAAGACGACAUUUCAGAAGAAAACAAAGGGGGUCCAUACGCAUUAAUAUUAUGUGGCGAUGAUGAGGAGGUUGCUCGCAUUCACUCCAUUACCAAAUCACAAACGUCACUCAAUGUUGGUGUUUUUCCAAAUCCAAGUCCAAUUGAAACGACAUGUGAAAAAACCAAGAAAAAGUAUCCAAUUUUCAUUGGGACUGUUUCUGGUAUAUUAUCUGAAAUGUUUUUAAUGGACAAAGGAUACCCUUCACAGAAUCUCAGAUUUGUAGCGUUUUUGUCCGGGGCGAGCAUAGUCAGAGCUGGGCUUGAGAGGUACAUCUUGAAAAUAGCAAAUCGAAUUCCUCAAUGUCAGCUGUUUGUUGAGAACACCGGAAAUUUCUCAGAGGAUGUGAUGGCUUCAUUAAAGUGCAAUUAUAAGAUCGUCGUUGACGAGAAACCCGAUAUUCAACAACAAGUCAGUUGUUUAUAUUAUAAACCUGAAGCGAAGGGGAACUUAAUUGCUUCGAUCAUUCAACGAAACAAAGGGAAGAAAAUUGCGUUUUUGUUCUUGUCUUCGGAGGAAGCGGUGUUCUUCCAGGAUGUGAUGAGUCGUCUUGAACUUGUCGAUGGAUAUGUUUUGAACAACACACAAACAUUAAAUGAACAAAUUGAAGUGAUCACACAAUUCAACGAAAAGGCGGACGGCGUUAUGUUCUCUGCGCAAGAGAGAAAAUUCAAAAACGUUGAUUUGGCUAUAUUUGUCGAUCCACCCAAAGAGUUAUUAAAUGUCCGCUAUCCCGGUGCUGGUAAUAUCAUUCUCUUUGGCCUUGAAAGUGAGAAACUGUUCUUUGAGAAACUUGGAGAGAAAAGAACACUCAAAACGAUUAAAAUGGUUGAGAAUCAACUGAAUGACUAUUCCCCAAAAAUAGAGCAACUUGUUGCAAAGCAAUAUUUUGUUCAUGUGAAUGCAAGAACAGCAUAUCAACGGUUCCUCCAAAAUUAUGUGCAUUUGGAUUUCAUGGGCGUUUUUGGAUUAAAGAGAAAUGAACUUAUUCCUUACGCGCAUUCAUUUGGUCUUACAAAACCUGUUAAGACGAAUUUGGCUAAUACGACUUCAAAAGAAGUACCCGAUGUCCCCGUCGUGUACGAGAAAAAGGUGUUUGUCGGAUCGGAUGCGACCGUGUCCAGGUUAAGAGAUAGACAAAAGGAGUUGAAGAACGCUAGGCUGAUGAAAAAACUCGAAAUUGGAAAAGGAAAGAGAACCAAAAAAAGUAAAAGCAAAAAUAAAUCGAAGAAAAGACAGGUAAGAAGAAACAAAAAAUGA